AUGUCGUCGCUCACAGCAGCGCUGCAGGAAACGAGAGCCCGGCUAGACGACUCCAUAACCAGACUUGACCAAAACCGCUGCAUCAUGAGCAAGCCCACCAUCCAGGUCAACGGCCGCGAAUCCCUCGUCAACGAGGAGAAGACGGUCAACAGCGGCAGCGGCAGCCGCAACAGCAAUGACAAUGGCUCAAUCGCCGCGAUGCGCAAGUCGCUACACCAGAACAUCAUCGGCAAACUACGCCCGUUACCGUUCCAGUACCGCUGGACGGUGUGGUUCGACAAGCAUUGCGACUCCAACAACAAUAACAGACUGUACGUCCUACACGAAGACGUCGCCGACAUCGCGACCUUCUACCGCGUCUACAACAACUACCCCUGGGACAAGAUCCGGCUGCGCGACUCGGUGCAUAUCUUCCGCAAGGGCGUGAAGCCCGUCCCGGACGACCCGGAGAACCGCAAUGGCGGAUGCUGGACGUUCCGCGUCCCCAAGGCCAAGAGCCAGGCCUUCUUCCACGAGAUUGCCAUCCUGUGCAUGGCGAAUGAGUUCCAGGCUGCUCUUGAGAGUGGUUCGUCUUGUCGUUCCCUCUCUACCUAUGUAUCUAUCUACCUUGGCCAGUCUAGUACUAACAAUUUAUUUUCUGGCACAGAACACGACCAUGUCCUAGGCGUCUCCACCUCCGUCCGCUUUAACUCCCACCUCAUCUCCGUCUGGAACAAGCUCGGCUCCAACGAGCGGUCCAUCAAACGCCUCGAAGCGACCAUUCUGGACCGUCUCUCGCCCGAGCUGCGCCCGACGACUGCGGCCGCGGGCGGGAAUUCGUCGUAUUCGUAUUUCUACAAACGCCACGCGGAGCACGACGAGGGGUUCCAAAAACAGGCCGAUAGAAGAAGCUGA